UUUAGAGGGUCAAAUAUUUAUUUUCUUCACAAAGGAGGUCGAUCUGAAAUUUCCGAUGGGCUAGGGCGUUGCCAUCGUUGGAGGUAACCUGUAUAUAAGUGGUAAGGGAGAGUGUAAGCGGCACUUCAUUGCAAGGAAAGCUGGAAUAAAGACAAUACAAAAUCAGAAUGCUGACUGCUGCUGUUCUCGUUGGCCUGUUGGCCUAUGUAAGCGCUCACGGUAAUAACAACAUGAUGGGCAACAUGGGCAACAUGGGCAAUAUGAUGAACGGCAAUUUCGGAUAUGGCAAUAUGGGACAGAUGGGCCAGAUGGGACACAUGGGCAAUAUGGGCAAUAUGGGACAAAACCAAAUGAACAACAAUGGAAUGAAUCAGCUGUGGAACCUUAUCUCUGGAAACAUGGGUGGACACAUGGGCGGAAACAUGGGUGGACAAAUGGGCGGAAACAUGGGUGGAAACAUGGGUAUGGGUGGAAACAUGGGCGGUAGAGGAGGUCAGCAACAAGGCAUGAUGGGUGGAAUGAUGCUUCUUCUUCUCCAGAAUCUUCUUGGAAACCAAGGUAACAGAGGCCGUCAAGGAGGAGACCAUAUGAAUGAAGAAGAAAUGGAAGCUGUUGAAGAGAUGAUGAAGAAAAAGAUGAUGAUGGAGAUGGCUGAGAUGAUGAUGGUACACAUGGAAUACAAGGAAAAGGAAAAGGAAUUCGGUGAGGCCAUGGAGGCUUUGUGUUUCAUGGUGAAUGCUACAUACUAUGGCUAUAAAAAGAACGGAACAGAAAUUUGGAAAGAAACAACCGAUGCUAGUAUGAUGGAGCUAGGUCAACAGUUAAUGGGUAUGGAUGAUAAAGAAAAAAUGGACUUCGCCGUCGAUAUGAUGAUGAAUAAUGAGGACAAAUAUGCAGAAGUCUUCAUGAGAUUUGCCACAUGGGCUUGCAUGACCGGUGAUGCUUACGUUCAAGCCGCAAGAAAGAUGGAGAAAAUGGAAAAGGGUGAUUCAUGCGAUCGUGAUUAGACUUUUAUUGAAAUAUCAGAAAAUAUUCUUUGAAUAUAAAUGAAAAUUACGUUUCAUAUUGUAAACAAUAUACUGAAUUUAGAAAAGAACAUGUUAUUGAAUAUAUAUUAUCAAGUCGGAAAAAAAACGUAUUUAAGUACAAAAUUAAAUUUUAAUUUUAUGCAUGUGUAUAAAUUUGUAAAACUUUGAAAUAAACUAGAAACGUUAAA